CUUGCACCAAGAUAGUUUCGACUUCCACACCCAAAAGCCAGAUAUUUUUCAAGCUACCGUUAUUGUGCGCAGGGUCUACCAUGGCAGACGAAGUUCUCCAGGCAUCAUCUGCUGGUGCACUGAAUGCUGCCAAGGCGACUCCGCCCGGCCAGCUUCCCGCCAAACCUCUGAUCCCCCCGCCCUCUGGAGAUCCUUCAAAGACCAGAGAUGCACCCCGUUAUCCUUCCGCGGAACUUCGUGGGUCUUGGGGAAAUCGACAGUAUUCUACUGCUCCAGGCAUACAGACUCACGACACUGCUGACCCGCGACCGAUGAGAGAAGAUCUAAGACACGUCUCUGACAGACCUGGACAGUAUCCUGAUCGGCCUAAAGCUGACUAUGAGGAGAUAAAGUCGACCAUCUACGUUGGGAACUUACCUUCGAAUAUCGUAGAUGAGCAACUUUUCGAAGCCUUCAGUGUCUACGGGAAAAUCGAAAGCCUACACCGCCGAAAGCAACCGGCUAACCCUCAGUACCAUGAUACCUCUCCGUCGCAAUAUGCAUUUAUCAGAUUUCUGAACCCUAUAUCGGCCACUAUUGCAAUAAACGAGCGCGACGGCACCUUUAUUGGCAGCAACAGAAUUGCCGUGCGUAAACGGCACCCUGGGACCGAUAUGUCGCCGUCCGAGCCUGACUUGGAUGGCGUACCGAAGAUGCAGAUGGGCAGAAUGAACACAGGCCAAGGUGACAACAGGCAGAAGUUUGGCCAUAAAAGCCAUCCGCAUAGGAAUCAAAAGAUGCAUGAUCAGCUUCACAUGGUGUCGAUUGCAAACAUUCCGUUUGACAUGUCCCCGGAGGCCUUGUGCCACUUUGUACUCGGCACGGCACCUGUGGCGACUUCUGACAUUGUGGCCGCCGAUAUCUAUGACUACCCAGAUGAGAAUGGGAGAAGACAUGGCGAUUUGACUUUGAAUUCCUAUCAAGCAGCCAUUACGGUUAUUGAAACCGUGAAUAACAGAGUUGUUAAUGACUAUAUCCUCACAGCUACCCUGAACCGUCAGUUCCCGCAAUAUAUGAACAACCAAGCACCAUUUGGAUUUUGGCCUCAGGAUCCGAACUCGGUUCCACCGCCGAUGCCGUACCCGCCAAUGUUUGAAGAAUUCCCACCGCAGUUCAUGCAUAUGCCUAAUCCUAAUCGGCAAUAUUUUCCACCUUACUUGUACUGGCAUCCGAGUACUGGCACUUAUCUUCCUUACGCUAUGCCACCGGAAUAUCAGUAUCCAUAUGAUGGCAUGAAGAUGCCGAUGCAGAGGGGUUACCAGCCGGCUCCGAAUGGGUCUGAGACUUCUACUCAGAGGAGCUGUUCUAUCGCAACUGAUAUGAGUACGGCUGCAGAUGAAGAACCUACCGUGGACCUCGCUCCUCAGAUCAUUGUUGAGCCGGCAGUGGAUCCUCCUUUGGAAGAAGAGGUUCUGACUGUAGCACCUCCUCCCGAUGAAAGUAUGCAGACUGAGAUUCAAGCCAUUGUUUCUCAUGAGCGAUCUCGUACACUUGAUAUGGACCUUGAGAGACGCUCGCUCGAGUCCGAGGAUAUAGAGCAAAGCAACUCCCCUUUUGUGAGGCAAAGAGCGAAAACCUUCGUCGGGGACCCCUCUCUGCUUCGGCCCCACUGGCCUAUCGAUCACUGCAACCUGUUUGUGAGAAACGUCGAUCUGGCUGUUCUGCCCACCUGUCACGAAUUGCGACGUCUGUUUGAAUCGUAUGGGCCAAUCGAGUCAACGCGUAUGGUACCUGUGAACGCAUGGACAGCCAAAGGGUACGGAUUCGUUCUUUUCCUCAAUAAAGAAGACGCUCAAAAAGCUCAAUCGAAGAUGGACGGUCAUAUGGUCGGGCAGUAUGCUAUUCGUGUGACGUAUGCUGAAAAACGGGAGUCGCGAACUGUGCGCAUGGGUAAAGGUCGCAGAAAAGGCCCGAUCCCACGCUUUGGGAAGGGGAGAAAGCUCUCAGCUUCCGGAGAUGUGAAUACUGCUAAUCUCGUACCUCCUACGUCUAUUACUGAGGUGGCGCAAAGUAUGAAGCAGGAGACUGCAACUACUCAGAAGUCUGGUGUUGAUCAGGACUUGAAGGUCAAGCAGACAGUGGAAAUCAAAACUACAGUGAGCCUUGCCGAUGGUGCUACAGCUGGCCAAUCCCCGAAGCCUGUAGUACAGCCUUCUGUUGCCAUUGCUAUUGAAGAGAAGCUGAAGGUAGCGGAAGGCACUGAGGUGUUGGGCGAAGGAGAACUGGAUACAACUACUCCAGCUGUUGCAGAAGUCACCGAGAAAGUGCAGAAAAGUUUUUUUGAAGAAAGUGAAGUUUGCCUGCAAGCCGAAACAACAGAAGAAUCUUGUGCCACUGUCGUCACUGAGGAGGUACUGGCAAACACCGAUUCCACUAAAGAAGAGACCGAUUGUACUGCCGAUUUAGUCGCAAAGACAUCUGGGCUAGUCGAAAAGACUUUUUCUGAAGCCAAGAAGGAGGUGACAUUGACUGAGGCUAUGAUUGAAGAUGUCAACCAGAAGCUGGAAGGGUUUCCGUUGACUAUGCCGGAGAAACCUAAUGGAGAACAGUCUUCAGAACCAGUGGCUUCUUCAGAGCUAGCAGGAUGCGCGGAUGGUACUAUAUCUUCCGAAACUGGACAAGAGGAGACCACCGAACUAGCCAAAUCAGAAGACAAACAGAUUGCCUCAAAGGAUGCAUCAGAUCAGGAUAGCGAUCAAGCUGGAUUUCUGGAAACCGCGGUAACAGGAGAGUCGACGGCGGUACCAGAAAUGGUGGCGCCUGAUUCACAGCUUCACAGCGAAGAUACAGGCCUGAUUAAAUCUGAAGAGAUUGAAUGCACUGGUAAGACGGGAGAAGUUGAAGCGAUGCAACCAUCUGAAGCGGUUUUAGAUGCGCAGCCGCAGUGCACGGGAAUUACAGACGCAGUAGAUCUGGGUGAUUCUAAUACAGAGAGUCCGGAAGAAGCUGAAGGACACGACUCUGCGGCAUCAGAACAAUCAGCAGUAUCGAAGGAGGCCAACUCCGACGUAGGGCUUCUCGGUGCCAUAGUCAGUGAACCAGCAGGUUUAGGGAGUUCAACUACUGCUCAGAUUACCAACAACGCCGAAGAACUUGGAUUGACUGCAUCAGGAAAUAAAGUCGCAAAUGCACAGCCAGGAGACGCUUUUAUGAGCGAAGAUUCAGGAGUGUCAUCAGCAGAUCAAAACGUUGAACAAGCUGAGGAGCCCAAAUUUGAAGAACCAGAUGAUGAAGCACAACGCCACUGUGCAACAACCAGCGAAACUGCUGAUUCUAGAGUCUCACCUCAAAAUACCGACAAUGUAGGAGGGAGUGAAUCUGCAGAGCCACAAAUGUCUCCGGUAGCUAAUGAGAUUAUCUCGGAUCUACAGUUUCCGAGUGAGACAGCGACAGAUGCAGCAGAGUUGGGAGUUUCUGACUCUGAUAGGACAAAUGAGGAGUGUCUUUGCGCGAAUGCGACAGAGACAGUAUCUGAGAAAGAGAGUGACGGUGAAGGUCAACAGACUGACGAAGAACCAGCACUGGUGAACCGGGUUGAGGCGUCUACAGAAGCCGAACAGAACCUCUGCGUGUCUGAGACAACUAAGGAGAAAAUCGAGGGAGACCUGUCCAGUAAAGAGAUUGAAGAUGACACUCUCGAGUCUGACUGCGAUUUCAAAGGAGACAGGGAAGGUCUAUUCAUCACAGUUCAAUCCAGCAUGGGGGCCUCACGAGUCGGAAUCGCCAGUAAUGCAGCAUCCGGUUUAGAGCGGUGUUUUAAUCAAAGUCGGAAAGAGAAUUCGAAAUCACCGAGUUCUUACGCCAGCUACUCGUCUACGACAUCUUCUGUUUCUGUUUCUGUUCCUGCAUAUGCUCACGAGAACUUUGCUGUGCCUCAGUCAGGUGCUGGAUUACUGCAAGUGCAGUCUCCUAAUAUGGUCAACAGUUCGAAGGAUAAGGAUGUUGAUACUGUUGAUAUGAAAACAGCACGAGAUUUAGGAAACGCAUGCUCUCCCACCGAAUCCGUGGAGGUGAUCCCUCUGAAAAGAGACAGCAACGACAACCGCUUCACAAGAGGUUGUGCGCGAACAAAAUCCAUGGACUCAAUCACUUCCUCUCUUGGAAGCAACGACUCGUUCUGUGACUGUGGCGACGAAAGCUGUACGUAUGCUCCAAAGGCCAAGCUCGAGAAACAGGCUCUGCGAUCGGCCUCGUUGAGCAACAUGGUUCUUUUCACUUUAUGA